AUUAUUCUUUAGCCAGAUCAGACAGGAUUGUAUUGGUGUCAAAUGCAAGAUACCACGGGGUCGGCUUACUAUCUAUAUAUCGAUAACGAUCUCGAGACGAUAGAUGUAUAUCAGGAGACAGCGGCUCAUGGUCCGCAGGCAACACCGACCGAAAACGUACCAGAAUAUGAGUUAAAAAUUUAUACUACUUGGACCACAUGGAGUUCAUGUUCCAUGUGCGACUCAGUCGGAAUAAAGCUACGAUAUGGUUAUUGCACUAUUUCCCUUCUCGAAACGGCAGCGACACACGAUAAAUACAUGAUCAGCGAAGAUGUUUCGACAACCGAUAAAUUGCGAUAUACAAAGAAAACAGGUAAAAGAAAAGACAAAACGAAUAACAAAUAUUCUCUAGCUUUUUUCAAUUCUUAUCCGAUCCUAAGUUGAAGAAUACGAAUGGAGUCAAAAUGUUGAGGAUACAACUCAGAUGAUUGCGAACAAGAAUCCGCAAGUUCGCUUGAGAACAGCACUAUUAUUAUUUAAAAAUAAGCUGCCAUGCAAAUCGGAACUUGUGCCGAAACAAAUUCAGAUAAUAUCAGCU